CUCACCUUUGAUAAAGCGGGUGUUGUGUUCCUACAUUCCCCCAUCUCUUACUUUCUAACAGCAUUAGAAAUGGCAUUCGCUUGGAAAAAGAACUUUAGCUACUCCAAAUAUGCUUCCUUAUGUUCCCAGACGGUUCGUCAGGCAUUGAAGCCCGAACUACGCUCUGAACUUAAGGGUUCUAAUAACGUUGAAUUUGUCUAUGCCAAAUGGAAGAACGGAACUCAAGAACCAGCCCAAACUUAUCAAUCUGCUGACACCAAUGAACAAAAAUAAGGCUGAAAUAGUUACCGUUGAAGAAUUGUGGUGAAUGCAAUGAUGAUUCUUACUACUUGUUUUUCCCGCUCUUUCUUUUGAAAGAAAUAAACAAUAUUACUAUGAAGUUCUUGUUUUGGUUCCCUUGCACGCUGUAGUCAAAACAUAUACCUUGCUUUCUUUUCAUUUUUUAUUUUUCUUCUUCCAGUUACCAUUAUAUUCUUUUAAUUUUAAUCCUUUUUGCUUUCUGCCCAUGAAACACUCGGAGGUUUUCUUUUGUUUGUUGACUUUGUGGAUAUAGGAAACUUAUGAGUUUUUCUACGAGUGAAACGCUGUAUAUCUAUAUGAACUUGUUGCUUUCAAUGGUAAUAAAACACAGAAUAGUAUAGUAUAUACUGAGUUUUACAGGAAAGAGAGCAAAAAAAGAAAAGAAAUAAGUAAGCUGACGAAAUCGGUUCCUUUUCAAGAACGAUGACAUUUUAGCUCACCAGUGUCCUUCUUGAUACAAACAGUAGGUCUAUCAUUUAUUGAAUUUCUUAUCUUUAAACAUAUUUCUUCAUGAG